UUUGUGUCAAUUUCAAAGAGUUGUUAACAAUAACACGUACGCUAUAAUUUGUGUUUAAGUUGACUUUUUAACAUGUGUAUCAUAUAAUAUCAUAAGUCACAAUACCAUUUUAAUCAGAUGUUAUGUAAGUAAAAGUUCAAGCCAGUUUUUAGACGAUUCGACAACCACAUGCUUAAAAACGUUAUUAAGAAAAAAGACCGAAUAAAUUGCAUAUUAACUGUGAGGUAAUAAAGGAUUUUCAAUAAAUGAUGGCAUGUUCAAGGCAGGUCACCAGUUUUCGGAAAAGGUAACAACGCGUCAACUCAACCAUGUCGGCGGAAUAUGACGAGACUGCGCCUAGACGGAGAAGAAAGAGAACGAUCGUGGCUUACAGUCACCCUGACAUCAAGUCUGUAGAAACGGAGAUGUCACAUGUCAAGGAGCGUUCAGCCAAUGAGGCAGGUAGUAAAAUACCAGACCGUAAUCAUAUGGAAGACAGGGCACUCGGCAAGCGAACUAGCAUCGAGAAGAGCCGUGAUCAUUCAGAUGUGAAUGGCGAAGAUUCCGAGAAGGAACACGGAAUAAAUGGAACUCUUUCGGGAUUGGACAAUGUAAUGGUUAACCCGCCUGGUAGUGAUGGCGAUACCUAUUUUAAUGAAGGCGUGGUUUCCUGCGAAAAAGAUGCACGACAAGCGAUAAUGGAGACGGAACAAGUUGAAGUAAACCAAAACAGAGGUGAAACAGGGGCUAUGACAUCGAUAGUAAAUGACAUUGUGUACGAUGAAACGAAGCCAAAAAGGUUGGCACAUCCUAAUCAUUUAAAGGUACACAUUGAUCCAAACAACGAAGAGGUGCUACGAGAAAGCAUCAACUACCUGAUAUCCCCGACUAGCCCGAAUCGGCAAAGGAAACGUUCCUAUUUGUCUGCUGGGGAAACGACGGAAAAGGAUAACCAUGCACUUAAAAGCGUGAGACCACAAAACAAGGUAAAGAAGGAUGUGAAGCAUGCAGGUGAUCAACAGAGUCCAGAGGUCAAGAGCAGUAAUGUGUUGCCGUGCUCGGUCCAAUUACUGAAAAAUGACGCAGCUGAAAUUGUACAUGCGAACGCGCCUUCCAGGAAGAUUUCUUUGGAUGCAAAACUAGAAGAAGGAUAUUCAAUCCAGGAAGUCUUAAAUAAGGGCUCACCACUGCGUAGAAAAAUUUCAUCAGAUGCGCGACUUCAACAUCCAAUAACCGAACAGAUAACAUCACCGGUAGAAAGCACCAAAACAAGGAGGGUAUCUUUUGGUACAAGUACUCUUGUUAACGGAAUCCAACUUGUGCCAUUGAAUGAUCAACCAAAGACUGUGCAUGAGGAGCCCGAGCACAUGUUAGAACAUACAGCUGAUGAGACAACGUGGAAUGACACGAGUUUGGGAGCGAGACCAAAGCAAAUAACGCGCAUAAGUGAAACUGAGCAAGAACACACCGAACAAGAUGAUUAUUCACAGGACAAUGUAGACAAUGAAGGUACAAUGGUACGAAGGGAAAGCGAAAUAAGUUUCAGUGAAGGUGAGGAAGAUUAUUUUGUAAACCGUGCAAACGUGGCAGACGAUGAAGAUUCACUGAGAGGGGCACACUCGUCGGCAGCCAGUACACCACCACCUUCCUACCAUGAGUAUACCAACGAUAGGCUGAAGAGAUUACCGCGCCCAGAAAAUAAAAAUCACAUCAACAAUGAUACUGUUGAUAUAGUUUCACAUCAAAUGACAAAAGAUCCAUACAAACUUUCGACAUGCUCUCUACCUGCAACUUUUGAGCGAAGAGAAUCUUCUGAUUCCCUUGUUCCAAAAUCCAUUUUAAAAACACGAUCAACUGAUUGUGUAUCUUUGGUGUCAGAGGACUCGUUUGCUCCCAAACCACUGAAGAUUCGGAAGGACUCAAUAGCCCUUUUUCUGGACCACAACGGAGCUGUUGCAAUGCAGGAAAUGAGGGACCAGUAUAAUCACCGGCGUCUGAAGUUUUUCACUAAAAGCAACAUCAAGCAACUUUGGUCCGAACGCAAACAACUUCUUGAGCAGUAUAAGCUUCAUUUACUUGUUCUGGGGCUGUUUCUGUUAACGUUUACCUUUGUGGUCAUCGGUUUACAUUUCCAUAGUGCGGAGAAGAAGUAUUUGGAAACGUCCCAGAAAGUAUUCUUCGAUGGCACGAAACGAACACUGACCAUAAAUGACAUCGACGGCUUAGACACAUUUUCUGGAACGCUCGGGUUAGAUAUACCGAUGUGGAAGAAUCCAACCCAUUGCUACCCGAAUUAUGCUGAAAUAUCAGAUAAAACGUGCCUGAGUUGGAAAGAGCAUGGACGAUUAGAUAUUGCCCAUUUUGUAAGCCAAAAUACUCAGUGUUAUAAUGUAACUUGGAAAAUGCUCGAAGGAACCUAUCCAUUUGACUGUUACAAUCUUGGUGAUGGGCAUUGGUUUGGGCCAAUGAACAAAAGCGAAAGUAAGUGGCCAAUACAAGAUAGCGCAUUUACGUUUACUGUCAAUAAGGCAAAGCACCACGAAAGCGGUACGUUUUCUUCUGCAGUUGAGUAUUACUGGAUUUCAUCCAAAGGUGAAACUGUCGUUGUAGACUCAAAUUACCCUGUUGAAAUCAGUUGGAACACCAGACGCAGCGGCUCUUUUUGUGUCAUCGGUAAGAACAACGGGGAUUUCUUUCUUGAAGGAGACGACAUGAAUUUUAAGACAUUCGCAUAUACUGUGUGCAACGGCGUAAAUAUGAUGGAUACACAUCGAUAUAUCCGACAGAGAUAUUUUCCGAAGAUAACGGAGAUGCCUGGAGUGCAAUCAAUAGAGUUCCCACAUUGGUCAACGGAAUGGGACUCUGACACAAUCACUCUUAAUGAUACAAUUAUAGAAAACCUGGCCACGUUGUUAGCUCUGCAUAAACUAAAUUGCAGCUCAAUUGAAAUUGACGGGAAGUGGGAAGCAAAUAUUGGUGAUAUCACAUUUAACGAAAAGUUUUUCGAUAACCUAACGGACACGUUCUCUAUCGUCAAAAAGGCCGGAUGUCAACUUUCGUUAAACGUUUUUCCGUUCUUCAGUUAUAAUUCGCUUCAUUUUCAGGAAUUAGCUUUGAAAGACUUUUUAAUUCGUGACGUUGGCGGAACGGUCCCUGCUUUGUUAAAAUGGGAACAUGGAGUAGGGGCAAUGUUAGACGUAUCUAACCCGUUGGCUAGGGAAUGGUUCAGCAAUAAAAUACGGAACCUUUCAGAAACAUACGACAUAAGGACUUUCAGGCUUGCCUACGGUACGUCAUCGUGGGUACCACACAAGCCAGUGUUCCACGUGGAUCAUUUGACACCAAAUCAAUUGAAGCACAUGUUUUCUGAUAUGGUCUCAGAUCUGGGCAAUUCUAUAGUAGAGAGUACAUCACAGUCGCAGCAUAUAUCUACUCUUCUAGGAAUACCUUCAUCUGUCGUGGAGCAUGGAAACGCUAAGUGUCUUAAAAACAUCAUACCGGAUGUGCUAAAUCUAGGUAUCAUGGGCUACCCGUUUGUGCUGUCGGAUGGUUUUGAGGUCGAUCCUAUUAAAGCAGAUAGGGACAAAUACCCAAGCAUGGAUUUGUACAUCAGAUGGAUGCAGCUGUCUGCAUUCCUUCCGGCUGUUCGGUACACAAUAAAGCCGUGGGAAUAUGACAAAAGCGUGAUUCAACAAGCGCGGUAUCUAUCUAAAUUACAUUCUGAGACUAUCACAAAGGUCAUAUAUGAAACAUCAAAUGCCACCCUUAAUGGCGAUCCAAUCAUUCAGCCAAUGUGGUGGAACAACACAGGCGACGAAACAUCGUUCACGAUUGAUGACCAGUUCAUUGUGGCUGGGAAAUACCUGGUUGCGCCUAUUUUGUGCGAGAGCAGUGAGCCAACAAGUCAUGUGGUAAGGGAUAUUUAUAUCCCAGCUGGUGUUUGGAGAGACGUGUUUACAGAAAAGGCGGUUAUUGGGCCAAUGUGGCUCAAAAGCUAUAAAGUACCCCAGUUUCAGAUACCGUACUUUGAACGCAUACCCUUAUAUUCAUCUGAUAACAACGGUGAUGGCAAUUAGUAUGUGAGACAACGACAUUAAGCAAAUUUAACAAGAACGUACGUACAUGUACUGAAAAAGGCGUCGUUUCUAACUUUCUAGAGAUUGGUUCGUAAUAGUUGUGCGUGUAUAUUUUUAUUUUUACUGCUGCGAUACGAUUCAAGGCAGUAGAGAUCUUAAACAACGAUUGGAGAUUUGAUGGAUUUUCAGUGAUGGUAAAGUACACAUGUACGCUAGUUGUAAAUUAUACAAACGUGGUGUUAUAGAAGUGUUUCAUUAAAUCGAAAACUUACAAAUACUUGCAAAAAGGGCUUGUAGAAGCCUUACUGCUUCUGACUAUUAUGACCUCCGUGGAAUUAAAAACUGUGCUUGAAUGUAAGUGUUGAUGUAAGUGUGUUUUAAAUGGGGUUUUUAAUGUGGAAAUUUUGUUGAUUCAGUGAACAGCUAUAUCGAUUCUAGCUCAAUUGAACGGAUAUUCCAAUAUACUUAUUAUGAUGCUGAGUAGAACUGACGUUUUUACUCUAGUAAAAGCAUUAUUACAUUACAAUCAUCCAGAGAUCGGUAAAAAUACCAAUAUAUAAUGCUAGUAUAUCGUUUUGAAAAUGGUUUGAAUGCAAUGUAUUGUCGUUGUAAGUGAUGAAAGUGUUACAAAUCCUUGUUGAAUGAUCAUUUAAAAAUAGAACAGGUCGUUUCUUCAUGUAAUAGCAAAUAUUCAGUGGUUUGCAUCAGUUUUUGUAUAUUGUAUAACCAAUUAAUUAUACAGUAAUUUAAUUAUUUGAAACAAUUUCGUGUUGUUGUUUUAAAGUAUAUAUUUGUUGUAUGUUAAUACAAUUCAUUCCAAGCUCACCAAAUCACAUCUUAAAAUACUUAGUGUAAUAUUUUUAUAAAUGUAUAUAUCUUGCACAUCAGAGUAGAUAUACUGUUUUAUUACAACGCGUAUAGUGUCGGAAUAGUGAGCGAGUAAAUUUUAAGUUCAAGCCGAACAACUAACCCGAAAGAACGAAAGAGUGGACUUUCGUACGCUAACAAUCGACGUUAAGAAAGCAAACUACACUUGGUGAGGUACAACAUACAAAGCCUCCUUGAUCAUAUUCAUACAAACAAAGGCUUGGUAUUCACGUGCUAACGAUGGAUGAAGGAAGCCGACUUAUAAUUAAUGGAUUGUAAUGUAAUUAACUGAUGCAUUUUAUAAUAAAUGUCAAUAAAUAAUUAUAUAAAACAGAGAAACAAC